GAGGCGGCGCACGAGCGCACCCACAUCCAGAUGCUGAGCAGGGAGGCGUUGCAGCUGCGCGAGGCGUGCUGCCUGCCCGCGAGGCUGAAGCGCGAGACCAGCUUCCUGGUCAAGGUCCUGAACCAGGACGGGGCCACCGCGGCGAGCGCGUGGCCGCGCUACGGGCCGAAGGACGCGGAGUACCUGGAGCGCUACGGGCCGAAGGACGCGGAUGUGGCGUUCGACGCCUCGGCCGCCAUUGGUCCGGGCCCCACCGUCACCUACAAGAAGCGCCCCUUCGGCAUCCUGCGCUACCAGCCGGGCAACGGCAUGAAGGGCGCGAUGGCCAUGGAGGUGAUGCCGGUGUCCCGGUACCCUGGGGACCCUCAGGGCCAGGCGUUCUCCGCCGGCGUGUCGGGCGGCAUGGUGGUGAAGUCCAUCGUCGGCGCGGAGGUGUUGACGGAGGACUUCGGCAAGAUCAUGGACCGGCCCGACGACGAGGUGGCCGACCCGCGCUUCUCGAAGUCCACCGCGCUCGCCCUGGUGGUCUACGCGACCGUGCCGGGCUACGUGUACGCGGGCGCCGAGAUGAAGGCGGACGGCCAUGAGCACGAGCUCCGUGAGUACGCCUACGUCGACUGGCCCGCCGCUGCUCCUGGCCGGCACCGCGGCUACCGCUGCCGCGACCAGCGACGCCAGCACUUCCACGACGACUGCCACGACCGCGGCUACGACGGCGACGUCCCAUCCCACGACCAGGCCCUCCCCCACUUCCACGCAAACUACCACACACUCCACUGCGGCUACGACCAGGGCCACGACCGCUGCCACGACCAUGACAACGACCAGCGACGCCUGCACUGCCACGUCGACUACCACGUCCGCGGCUACGACGCUUACGACCCCUCCCGCGACCAUGAGUACUCCCACUGCCACGCCAACUACCACGACCUCGACCACAACCACGACCUGGGCCACGACCACUACCGCGACCAUGUCCACGACCAGCGACGCCUGCACUACCACGCCGGCUACCACGACCGCGGCUACGACGCUCAUGAUCCAUCCCACGACCAUGUCUACUCCCACUGCCACGCUAACUACCACGACCUCCACUACGACCACGACCAGGGCCACGGCCGCGAGCAUUCCUACGGCGACGAGG